ACUGUUAUUAGCAGCUGAGCAUUUAUUCAGGUUCUCGCUGCUGUUAUGUUAAAUAACAUUUUCAGUUCAACAAAAUCUAGGCAACCACGGAAAAGUUGUGUAAAAAACGUGUAUUUAUUCCAUUAAGUACACGUACACAACAUGUCAGACAUCGAUGUCCUUUUGCCGGCGGCUGCGCCAACACCGGCGGCUGCUGCCGAGGGUCAACAACAACAGCAGCAGCAACAAAACCAGCCAACACGCAUGGAGUCUUUUUUCGCAAUGACAAAAUCGUUGAUUCUGCGGGCACUAAUUAUUUACUUUGUAAGUUCCUUCUUCCGGCGGCCACAGCCUAAUGCAACGCCAGAUCAAGCCGUUGCAAAUGCGGGUCCAAAAAUAACCGCAUGGAACUAUUUUGAGAAUGGCACAGAUUUUGAUUUGCACAUCUGGCUAUCCGAGGAGCCGGAUGUGGUGAACUUCCAACAGAAGAACAAUCUUCUGUGGCUGCAAGAGGACCUUACCUACGGGGAUUGGAUCUCGGGUCCCACAGGUAACGGCAUUUACACGCACACUCUCAAAAUUAAAGCCAGUCCACAUCUUCUGAACAACGGCAGCGUCUAUUUGCACGCAUUUGUCACACGUGCUGGUGAAAGUCCAGAUCCGCAAUCGCCUAAAUACUCAAAACAUGGCCACAUGGGCCAUCAACAGCAUCAACUGAACAAGUUCAAGAAGCUGCGUGUGAAUCGCAACUACAAUUUGUUGGCCAGCGAAAAGGAGAAGUUGGAGCAUGAGCUGAAACAUGCCAAUCUCAAGGAUCAGAUUGUCUCGCACUGGCAUUCAAACUUGACCGUCAAUCUUGUCGUGGAUCAGACGAACUGGGCACAGGGAAGCGUGCCCUCGCCCCUUGAUGAGUAUGUCAAAUUUGUCGAUGGAGGCAAAACGUAUCUGCCGAUUGUCUUUGUCAACGACUAUUGGAAUCUGCAGCGCGAAUACUUUCCUAUUAACGAAUCCACGCCUGAGUUAGACCUACAUCUGACCUUCCAGCCGUUGGGCAUGUUUAAGUGGCAGCUUUAUGCAGCUAAGCAGAUGAAGAGCAAGUGGGCCGGCAACGUGCUUGGCGAGAUAAUGGCAGCCAGUGCUCCUGAGGAGACAGACGAGGACCAGGACUCACUUAAAGAAACUCUGCUAGACACUAAUAUCUACCUGCUCGGAAUCACUGUGGCAGUCUCCAUACUGCACUCGGUUUUCGAGCUACUCGCCUUCAAGAACGACAUUCAGUUCUGGAACAAUCGGCAGUCGCUGGAGGGUCUCUCCGUGCGAUCCGUGUUCUUUGGUGUAUUCCAGUCCCUUAUCAUUCUACUCUAUGUGCUUGACAACGAGACCAAUUUCAUGAUACGGAUAUCCUGCUUCGUAGGUCUCGGCAUUGAGGUGUGGAAAAUACACAAGGUCGUCGACGUUAACUACAACAACCAGCAAAAGGUGCUGGGCAUUUUUCCACGUAUCAGUUUCAACGAUAAGGGCUCGUACUCAGAGAGUGCUACCAAGGAAUACGACAAGUUGGCCUUCAAGUACCUGGGCUGGGCUUGUUUCCCCUUGCUAGUGGGCUACUUCAUCUACUCCCUGCUGUAUAACGAGCAUAAGGGCUGGUAUUCGUUUGUACUGAAUAUGCUGUACAGCUACCUAUUGACGUUUGGAUUCAUCCUGAUGACUCCGCAGCUGUUCAUCAACUAUAAGCUGAAAUCGGUUGCCCAUCUGCCUUGGCGCAUGAUGACGUACAAAUUCCUUAACACCUUCAUCGACGACAUUUUCGCAUUCGUCAUUAAGAUGCCCACCAUGUACCGCAUCGGCUGCUUUAGGGACGACAUCAUAUUCUUUGUUUUCCUCUAUCAGCGCUGGCAGUACCGCGUGGAUUUGAAGCGUGUGAACGAAUUUGGAUUCUCCGGCGAGAUGGAGGAGCAGGCUGCCAACAAACGAAUUGAGGGAGAAGCCCAUGCCAACCAGCCAGCUGGUGCUAUAGAAGCAACGCCGAAUGCCGAGGCCCCCAAAGCAGCGCAGAAUGCGACGCCAACCAAAAAGACAGCCGCACAAAAGAAACAGGAUUAGAUAAGCAGUGCAUCCAAUCCAAGAUAUAUGCAUUAGAACAAUUUUAACGGCAGUUAUAAUACAUACACAUUACUUGUCUAUGUGUGCGCUAAGUACACACAAAUAUAAGCAAAAAUUCAGUUUCAGUAUACAUAUAGUCAAACGGUUAAUCUACCGUCGUAGUUACGAACAUAUUCUAGAGUAAUUUAAUAUAUGUGUAUUCUGUUUGUUUCCCGGGCUAUUAACAGUGGUCCAUAGCAUCGGGUGCUGAAAUAAAUUCAGUGUGAGAGAA